UACUACUAGUCUGAUUUGUAUCUUCGCCGAUUUCAGUUGCAUUUCGGCUUUCGCAGCAGGGCAGAAAAUCGGUUAUUGAGAAAAGGCUAUUGUGAGUGUACUGCCCACUGAGGGUGCGUGAAAAUUCGAUACGAUUGGCGUAUUUUUUACUACUGCUCUUUUCAUGCUGCUUUCCUAAGUGAUGAGGUGUUGCUUCUCAAAUUAGAUGGAAAUGAACCAUCUGUUGAUCUUGCAUGUGCGAGUGGAAUGUAUCCGAAACGAUGAAAGUUAAUAGCAAUGCACAUUAGUGAACAAUCAUUGGUGUCCUGGAAAAUUUAAUAGCCUAGAGCAUGUGAUUUAAGAUUGCAGCUGUGUGCAUGAACUCACUUUGUUGAGCAAAAAUCGACGGAAGCAUAAUGGCAAUAGCUCCUGAACACAGAAUGGGGAAUAACGACCUUUUGGAGCAUUUCAGGAAGAUUGAUGUGAAAGUAGUGAAUAAUGAUGAUAAGGAAUCAUUUACCGUUAGAGUGGUGAGAUUCUGGAAAAAACUUAAAUUAAAAAGUGCACUUUCUCACGUGGGAUUACUUUUAACAUUGGCGACUUAUUGUGGUGUUGGAGGAGUAGUAUUUAGAGAACUGGAGCUUCCUGCUGAACUGUCCAGAACCAGAGGAUUGCGAGAAUCAAUUAUUGAGCAGCGAGUAGAAUUUAUUUAUUCAGUUGUUAACAACACUGACAUACGAAACCUGGAAGUGCUACUUUCACUAGAACUACAGAAAUACGAAAAGAUCGUACAAGAUGCCGCACAAGGAGGAAUAUCGAUAGAUGUGGAAACAAACUUCCCGGUGGAAUCAGAAAAAUGGAGUAUUUUACAGGCAGUGUUUUUUGCAUCUACAGUUCUUACUACAAUAGGAUACGGUAACAUCGUGCCUGUAACUCUAGGAGGACGCAUCUUCUGCAUACUUUAUGCACUCAUAGGAAUCCCACUAACAUUGACCGUAAUUGCCGACUGGGGUCGUUUAUUUGCAACAGCUGUAUCUACCGUGGGACGGCACUGGAAGACUAUACUUCCUUUCGCAAGAUUUUGUCCAGAUGUCGGAAUAAAAAUGUCUGAUAAAAAAUGGCUCUAUGCAGUCGGUGCCGUAGGUUUUCUUGGGGUCUAUUUAGCUGCAGGAACUGGGCUUCUGCUAUUAUGGGAAGAUGAUUGGAAUUUUUUCGAUGGAUACUAUUUUUGUUUUAUCACCAUGACUACCAUUGGAUUUGGCGACUUAGUUCCAAGCAAACCUAAUUACAUGUUACUGUGCACGUUAUACAUUCUGGUUGGACUUGCCUUAACUUCGACUAUCAUCGAACUUGUUCGGCGGCAGUAUGCUCAAAGCUGGCAUAAGCUUCAGGCUCUUUCCGGACCACUUGCUGAUACUUUGCGUCGAUUAGGGGAAUCGGCAGGUACUGGAAUAGACGUUACAGCACUGCAAAACGAUCUAAGGCGUGUGUUAACUGUAGUAUCGAUGCCACGACGCCAUGGUAGCAAAAAGGGUGAUCCCAAUCAAAUGGCAGCUCUAGAAGCAAUAACGAACGCAAUUUUACAGGACAUAAAAGAGAAACAGCUAAGCAAGGAUCCACCCGAAGUGGUUCAAAUUGUAAUUUACGAGUCUUCGGUAUAAUAACAAACUAUAAAAAAAAUUGCCG